AUGGUUGGGGAGUUUUAUGCUAGAGAUAAUGGCAAUAUAGGAAUAAAUGAGUAUGAGGCGCAAUAUUCUUUGCCAAAAGAUGAGAAGCCUGUUGAAUCCAAACCUAUUGAAGUAGCAGAGGUUGAGACUGCAGCAGAAGCUGCUCCCGAGAAAACUGAAGAAGCACCUCCUUGUGAACUUCUUUCGUCUUUCUUAUCUAUCUUUAAUAUGCUACAGCUUGAGAUUGCACCAGCAGAUUUUCAUUUCCCAACCACAAACCAAACAAGGCAUUGCCUUACCCGAUACAUUAUCAUCGCAAAUAUUCUGUCCUCUUUUAGGUGCACCGCUGCCAAGGGUGAAGAUGCCCUAGAGUGUGAUAAAUUUGCUAAGUUUUAUAGGUCUCUCUGCCCUGGUGAAUGGAUUGACAGGUGGAAUGAGCCAAGGGAGAACGACAUCUUUCCUAGACCUUUGUAGGAUGAGUCUUCCUGAACAGAUGGAUUCAUGUGGUUAUGUUGAUUUUGUCUAAUUCAACUGUUUGUCGAGGGAAACCCACUGCCUAAAACAAAUUUCAUAUAGAAGGCCUUACAAAUGAAGAUCUUACAAAUCAUGUGGAGACUAUUCAAGAAGAAAACACUGAACUUAAAGAGUCGCAUGGGUUUGGUUGAAGCUGAAAUGAAGAUGUUGAAAGAUACAUUGAUAAAACAAUUCAAUGUUUCGUUUUCGGACAAUGUUUCCAACACACAAACUCCGAAUACCUAGCUGAUUGUGCGUGGAGAGCUUUGAUGGUCAAGCCAAUAGAUUUAAAUUCAAAUCAUUGUUUAGUUUGUUUAAGAAUAAAUAAAUACUUUUAGCAUUAAGGUUUACUUUAGAACUUUGACAUGGAAUUUUUAUUUAUUAAUUGUGUGGUAUGGAUCAUACUAAUUUUGUAUGACACUGUUUUUACUUUAAUAUUUAUUAAUGAACUUCUAUGAAAUACUAUAGUUUCAUCCCCAAAACACACCAAAAAUAAGAUCAUUUUGUACCAUUUUUGCUACUAAUAACUAACACAUAUAUAAAAAAUAAGAGCAUUGGAAAAAAUAGCCACUAACCUUUGAAUUUGAACUCUUUUUUGAGGAGCAAACAAACUAAAUCUACAAUUCCUACAAAUGAUCGAAUAAAAAAAUUAAAAUUAAAAAACUUAGGGUUUAUGGUUAAUUAAUUGAAACUAAAUAAAAAAAAUAGGUCGAAGGCAUACCUGCUAGUCAGUGGGUGGUCUAAGUCGUUGGGUGGUCGACGGGUGGGUGGUCUGAGGCGGUGGAUCUAGGCGGCUGAGCAAUUGAGGGUUAGGGUUAGCAAUGUAGGAUCAAAAACGAAAAAAAAGGAAAAACCAUUAACUGGUGGUCGGUGGCCGACGCACGAAGGACGACUGAGGGGAAUGGAGGGUGGCCUGUGAAGGGUGAGUGGCGACGGGUAGGACCUACUCUCUCCUUCUCCUACUUAUUUUGUUCGACAAAAAAUAGAAAUAAAACCCUUUUUUUUUUUUUUUUUUUUUUAAUUAAACAGGUUUCCGAUGGCUUUUCCCAUGGAAUAAAGCCAUCUUUAAUUAAACAGGUUUCCGAUGGCUUUUCCUAUAGAAUAAAGCCAUCUGAAAUAUAAUUUUCGAUAGAUUUUCCUUCUGAUUUAAGUCAUCGAAAGUUUCCAAUGGCUAAAUAACUAUCGGAUUUUUUUUUUUCAAAUUUUAAAUUUCAAAAAUAUAAUAUCCGAUGGAAAAAUACCAUCGGAACCUAUUAUUUCCAAUGCUUUUAUAAACCAUCAGAAAUCACCAAUGUCUUAUUCCAUUGGAAAGUUUUUGAGCCAUCGGAAAAUUACGAGGGUUUUAAACCCUUGAUUUUUUUUUUUUUCAACGGCUUUUGUAGACUAUCGGAAAUUUGCCAUCGAAAAUAAGCU